UAUAAAUGACUCGAUUGAAAGGAUUUACCGCAGCGGUAAAGAAAAAUGAUUUAACGAUAGUGUCACUAUCUAAGGUGGUUAUUUCAGUUAGUCAACGGUCAACAAAAAGCUAUCUUUCUCCUCAAGAAAUCUAUAUAAGCCCUCACGUGAACCCACAUCGUCUUUCACAGUCGCAAAAGAGAAGAAACAGAGUGUGUUUAUCGUUUCGGAAAGUCUCGCGAAUAUUUAAGAUAAAGAGCUUAGCAUCUCUCUCUCUCUUGGUAACUUUCUGCACAAGAGAAGAAACAGGGUACGUUUCUCGUGAAGGUUUAGGAUCAAGAUUCGUCAUUCAAUCUCGCUCUCCCUCUUCGAAUCUUGGGAUGGAAGUAAACAGAGAUGAUGCGGAUGAAUUUCUCCAGAACUUUUUCGAACAACUAGAGAGUCUAUCAUUAUCAGAAGAAGCUGAAGUUGCAGAAACAACGGAUCCAUGUAACAUCAACGCUCUUCUUGAACCUUUACCAUCUCAAUUCCAGAAACAAGCAAUACCACAACACGCACCAACGUAUGAUGCAGCAGGAUUUUUAGAGAACCUUGAUCAACUCUUGGGACCAGAUACAAUUUACACAGAAGAUCAGUCUGUACAAAUCGGAUCCAACAAGCGUAUUCUUGAUGUUGAUCCAACUCAACAUUUGUUCAGCUCAAAUCUAAAUCAAUGCUACAUGGCUGAAACAAGUACAAGUACCAAUCCAACUCUUCAAACUGGACGGUCUCCAUCUCAGUUCUCGGACAAGGAGGGCUUAUUCACUGUGCCACCUGAGUCUAUCCAGUUCAAGCCUGUUGGCUCUUCAGUUGAUACUUGUGCUUCUGCUGAUUCUAAUCAACAGCAACCGAGGAAAAGACAAAGACGGUUACCAAUCUGACUAUGAUCCAGCUGAAAAGUACGAGGAUUCUGGAUCUGUGUCACGAUUCAACUCUCUCUCUCUCUCUCUCUCUCUCUCUCUCUCUCUCUCUCUCUCUCUCUCUCUCUCUCUCUAACCAUCUACAAAAUUAUGUUAAGUCGUUUUACUUUGAGAACAGACCAUUUGCCUUUAACUUGGGGGGUUGUGGAGUGGUUAGGAUUGAUGGCUACCAUUUUCACAUGUAAUAUGCUUUUUAGCCUUUUUAGACAAUGUGUCUUGCAUGGUAGUUUUAGACUUGCUAAGACCCUCUAACACAGGAAUAUACAUUCAGCUAUACAACGAAUGAUAUAUUUAUUUUCUGCUGCUAUUGCCAUUGCUUUUCUUUUCUUUUUGGUAGUGGUGUAGGAUCACAUGC